AGACGACAAGAAUUGUAUAAUAAUUUUACUCGCAAGACUCAACUGUGGAAACAGGUCGCUAAAGAAAUUAAUGAAUGAUGGCAAUAUGAACACAAUUGAUAUAGAAAAGUUCAUCCAGAUCGUGAAACGGUAUCCCAUGUUGUACGACAGACGACACGAAUUGUACAAUAAUUUUACUUGCAAGACUCAUACGUGGAAACAAGUCGCCAAAGAACUGAAUGAUGGAAUUUCAGGUGAAGUUUUAAGAAUAAAAUGGAAAGGCCUUAAAGAUGGAUAUAGAAAAUACAAAAGAUUCAAAUCUGGAGUUGCACCAUACAAUAGAUCAUGGCACAGCUGGUGUUGGAGCGAAAACUUGAAGUUCCUAGACGAUUAUGAAAUACGAAAAAUUGUUCCCAAAAACGACUCCAAGCAGCCGACAGCGACGGACAAUUCAAAACGAUCGACAGUUGUGAAAGACAAUGUAGUUGUAUACAAUCAAGAUCCUACGCAAUGGACAGCUACUCCAGCGAUACAUUAUGAAUCGUCCCAAACCGGGCACAGGUCAGCAACGGAUGAGGAAUACGAUGAUAAAAACCAAUUGGAUUCCAUAGACUACUUAUUCACUAGUUACGCGUGCACAUUCAAAAAUUUCUCUUUAAGAAGUCAAUGUAUGAUAAAGUUGCAAAUGGCUAAAAUAUUCUCUGAUGCGGAAUUGGCCGAGUUCGAAAGUACAACGGAGGUUAUAGAUACUGCACGUAAGGUUAAUGACAAUGAUAUUAAAAUAGAGGAAAAUACGAUUGUUAAAUGUGAAAAAAUAGAGGACGAUCCUCUAGAAUGUAAUGCAGUGUUAUAAAAAUAGGAACAAAUUACAUACGAUGUAAUUAAUAUUUUAAAAUUUACGCCUGUGAUUUGAACAUUAAGUUAAUUUAGUAUUAUUAAUAAUAAUAAUAAAUUAUGUUAUUUCUUGUUUAAUGUUGCUAUUUCGUUUUAUUGUGUCUGCCACAAAUAAAAGCGUUUUUUAAUUAAUAAUUAUUGUAGAUAGGUACUAUUGUUAAUUGUAUUUGA